UUCUUCCGGUCUGGUGACUUUAAUACUUCUAAACGAGUCAAGAGCGAAGGACGAAAUGGCAGAAGAUCACCUAAAUUGACCGCGUUGAGUUCGCGCCUGGCGGCCGAACUGCUUUGUCGGGGCUUUCUACAGACCACCGAAAGCAGACUGCGGUUCUGUGUGGCACUCUUCCUGCUCUGGAUCAAGUUCAAGGAGGAGGUGGGAAUCAGCGCUGCCUUGGUGGUGCCUGAGGAUUCGAUCGGAGCUGAGGAGAAAGCCGAGGGAGUGGACACUCUGCCAGAGGCGCACUCACCCUCCUCAGCAGUACUCCUUGAUAAUGAUGCUGUGGAGCGUUUUGAGAAUCGUUUGAUGCUGGUUUAUCGUUCUCUCCUCUUUAACAAGUGGCUGGUCUCUACAAGACGACCAGUCGACCAGCUCCGGGGAGAUGCUACCUCAUCCCUUGCUCGGAUGCAUCUGCGCCUCCUGGGUAUGCAGGCCCGGUCAGAGACUACCGACCUUUCGGACCUGGAGACCACUGAUGGCGGUUUGACCCUGUUUGAGGAGCUCUACCUCACCAACCCUCGUUUGCGACUCAGCAGUAAUGUUCGCAGUGCAUGGGAUGCCUGUUCCUCCUCGGCCCUGGCCUUCCUCCAGAAAUCACUCUGCCCAAUUCUGCUCGAGGGCGCGCCUCUUCUGCCUGUCUUUCGACAUCUUUUGGUCGGCGCUCGGGUGCGUUUCGCUUUCUUACCUCCCCCCACCGUUGGGGUAGCCGCGGGGGAGUCAAAUCACAGAAAUUUCGUGGCAGUAAACGGAGCAUAUAAUAAUACUGUAAAAAGGAAAGAAAUUAUCAGAAAAAAUGUAUUACAAGAAAAGCUAUGUAAAUAA